AUGCGAACAAAUACCUUUAUAGUGAGUGCUGAAAACGGUUUAAGGCUCACACUAUUUUACUCAAUCCAAAGUCCAUUUUCAAAUUUUCAUCCUUGUCAUUUUUUGCUGACUGAACAAGACGUAAAUGGCGUGGAACAAACGUUGGGAUUCAACUGUACCGAACAGUAUUACAUGUAUUGUAAAGCACUUUCAUGCGGAGAUAUGGAAGCAGCAGAAAAAAUUAUGAAAGAAAAAAAGGCGAAUAAAAUCAAAAGUAUUGCAAAGGCAUUGAAAAAUUUUGAUACAAAAAAGGAAGAUGUUAUGCGGCGUGGACUAUGGGCAAAAUAUACACAAAAUGAUCGUUUGCGUCACGAUUUGUUUUACACGCAGGGCACAAGGCUAGUAGAAUGUUCGCCUACUGACGUAUAUUGGGGAAUCGGAUUGGACAUCAAGAAUCAUUUGGCUUUGUGUCCAUCGAAAUGGCGCGGAAAAAAUAGAUUAGGUGAAAUAUUGACGGAAAUCAGAGAUCAGUUGGUAACUCGACCUGAAUAUGAAGCUCAGGUAUUUCAGUUGCGAACAGAGCGUUUUGUCAGCAAGAAAUUCAUCCAAUAUUAA